UAUUUUUUUGAGCUACAUAUUAUAUGCUCUGAAUAACUCAUUUACAUAUCACUAUGCAUUGGAGUUAUUUAAAUUACAGCCAUUAAUAUUUACAAAGAGCUUUGGAACGAAGACAGGUGGGCCCACCUGACAUCCACCCAAAAGGCUCGUGAAGCAAAGCAAGAAAUGCACAGUGAUGACCAACCAUAGUCCUUGCAAUUUUUUACCUUAUCAUCUCUCUCCAAAUUAUUCCAUCUCAAAAAAGAGAGAAGAAAAUCAAAGCUGCAAAACAAAAGCUUACCAUGUGAUCAAUAUGCCCCCCACCCCGAGCCACGAGCUCACUCGCUACUCCUGCGUCCUCACCACCACCAUGAGAAAGCUCUCCUCUUGUCCUCCGCUCCUCCUCCUUCUUCACCUACUACUGCUCUCGACGGAGGCUGAAUCAAACACCUUCCCCGGUGACAUCGCCGCCCUCAAGUCAGUGGUCGCAGCCCUCGACCCCGCCUCCAUCCCACCCGGCUCCUGCCUCGCCUCCUGGGACUUCAACCUCGAUCCCUGCUUAUCCGCCUUUGGUCCCUACUUCACCUGCGGCCUUCGAUGCGACGCCACCUCCUCCGACGCCACCGGCCUCAACUUCUCCCGCGUCACCGACAUCUCUCUCGACUCCGUCGGUUACUCCGGCCCGCUCUCCCUCUCCAUCUGGUCCCUCCCCUUCCUCCAAUCCCUCGAUAUCUCCAAUAACCGCCUUUACGGCCCCAUCCCUUCUUCUCCUCCACCUCUCCUCCGCCGCAUCUCCCUCUCCCGCAACUCCCUCUCAGGCCCCAUCCCCUCUUUCCCCAAUUCCCCUUCCCUCGAAGAGCUCUACCUAGACGGAAACCGACUCUCCGGCCCCUUCAUUUCCCCAUCCUUCCCUUCCCUCCGCCGCCUCGAUCUCCAAUCCAACAACCUCUCCGGCUCCCUCCCCGACCUCCGCCUCCUCUCUAACCUCAACUUCCUCGACGCCAGCGACAACUCAUUCUUCGGCCCUUUCCCCUCCGCCUCUCUCCCAUCCUCCCUCUUCGAACUCUCAAUGCGCAACAACCACCUCACCGGGAACCUCCCCGGCCAGGCCCUCGCCUCGCUCCCAACUUUGCAGGUUCUUGAUCUCAGCCACAAUGCGUUGUCCGGCCCCGUUCCAGCGGCUGCCUUCAAUCACACAACCCUCGAGCAACUAUCGCUUGCCGGAAACGCGUUUGAGUGGGUGGAGGAACCGGCGGAAGGCGGCACCGGUAGCAUUAUGGUCGCGCUCGACCUCGAACGGCGGUGGUUAGCCUCGCCGACAAUUGCCUGUUUCGUUGCCCGGAGUAUUUGUUCUUCUGCGCUGGCGUGGAGCAGAAGCCGACGUCUAUUUGUCGGGACUUUAACCCCAUGA